GAUCAUCUUGAGCCUUCAGAAGUGAAUGGGAGAGCGUGGGAGUGGGAGUGGGUGACCCCGUGAGGCUGAGUGUACACAUUGUCCCCAAGCAGGGAAGGACCAGGAAGCUGAUGAAACUCAUGGUGAUUUUCCUUCCAAGGCCCAUGGGCGCAGGGGACCAGCAGCUGGUCUUAGCUACAGGGUUACCAUGGUCACCGUCAGGGCUAUGAUCAACACAGGCAGCGACAGUGGACUCAGUGUGAUCCAGCUGCGUGUCAUCUGAGACCCACUCCCUUCCGCUGGCUUACCCAGGAAGGAAGCAAGGCGUCAUGUAUGGGAGUCGGGUCUGUGCCUUGCUGACUGUGGAGCACCCUGUCCUGGUCGAAGUGCAGGACUAGGAGCAAGUGACAGAUGGUCACUGUCUAGGGCCACAGAAUCUUGGGGCACCGUGGUAGUAACAUGUAACUACCACUGCUCACAUUACCUAGGCACAUGCUUGUGUUAAGGUGAUGUCAGGUGUGUGUGUGCUGAGCUGAUGGAACAGGUGCAGGCCAUGGACACAGUUUUCUAUGUGCAUUGUCCCCUCCCACUUUGCAUGGUCAGUGUGCAUUCCUUCUGUAAUUAGGACAUGUUCAGGUGAUUCUAUUUCUGUGCCAUGAGGAGAUGAGACGUGGCACUAACUGCUGAGACAUUUGCUUGGGUCCUAGCAGCACUGGUAAGGGCUGGUCUUUACUGAAAAUCUACUCUGUAGCAAGCACAUUUGCAUGUCUUACUACCACCUUUUUGGAGAUGAGAAAAAUGUGGCACAGAGAGGUGAAGAGACUGGUGUGUGGAGAGCGGUGUUAGCCAUGGAGGCUCCGUGUUAAAUCUCACCCUCCAUUGUACAGAGCAAGGAGACGCUGUGACGAGGAACCGCGUCCUUGCCAAAUUAGAUGUUUACCUUCGGAGAUUGUCCUGGAGCAUGAUGAACGUUUUGUAAGCCCGAGAAACGGGAAGGCCCAUGAGGGUGGGGAAUUUCCAAAGAACUAGAGAACAAGGAAGCAGGUGUCUUUGGGUAAGGGUCAUGAUUAAUAACCAAACUCACCGGUGAAUAAAAGGAGGCGCGUGAAAAGCGUGGCGGCACGCACUCUCUCUCUCUCUGAGAGGCUCCUGACUCUAUCUCUGCGUCUUUCUUUCUGCGUCUUUCUUUUUCUUCAUCCUCACUCCCCCAUUCAGGCACCAUGGCCAUGGUGAGGACCCAGCACUCCUUGGCCGGCCAGACCUACGCUGUCCCUCUCAUCCAGCCAGACCUGCGGCGAGAGGAAGCCAUGCAGCAGGUGGCUGAUGCCCUGCAGUACCUGCAGAAGGUCUCAGGAGACAUCUUCAGCAGGAUCUCCCAGCGCGUGGAGCUGAGCCGCAGCCAGCUGCAGGUCGUUGGGGAGAGGAUCUCCUUGGCCCAGGCCAAGAUUGAGAAGAUCAAGGGCAGCAAGAAGGCCAUCAAGGUGUUCUCCAGCGCCAAGUAUCCGGCUCCUGAGCGCCUGCAGGAGUACAGCUCCAUCUUCGCCGGUGCGCAGGACCCAGGCCUACAGCGACGGCCACGCCAUCGCAUCCAGAGCAAGCACCGGCCGCUGGAUGAGCGGGCCCUACAGGAGAAGCUGAAGUAUUUCCCCGUGUGUGUGAGCACCAAGCCGGAGCCCGAGGAUGAGACCGAGGAGGGGCUCGGGGGUCUCCCCAGCAACAUCAGCUCUGUCAGCUCCCUGCUGCUGUUCAACACCACAGAGAACCUGUACAAGAAGUACGUCUUCCUGGACCCCCUGGCGGGGGCUGUCACAAAAACCCACCUGACGCUGGGGACAGAAACGGAGGAGAAGCUGUUUGAUGCCCCUCUGUCCAUCAGCAAGCGAGAGCAGCUGGAGCAGCAGGUUCCAGAGAACUACUUCUAUGUCCCAGACCUGGGCCAGGUGCCCGAGAUCGAUGUGCCAUCCUACCUGCCGGACCUGCCCGGCAUCGCCGAUGACCUCAUGUACAGCGCUGACCUGGGCCCAGGCAUCGCCCCCUCUGCCCCUGGCACCAUCCCUGAGCUGCCCACCUUCCAGACAGAGGUGGCGGAGCCCUGCAGGCCAGACCUAGAGGGCGGGGGUCUCACAGCACCUCCGCCGCCUCCGCCGCCUCCGCCACCGCCGCCAGCGCCUGCAGUGCCAGCCAGCGUACCCCCAGGCCUGCCCCCCCAGAGUGCAGCCUUGACCAUCCCAGGACCCCCAGAAGACCCCAGCAGCACCCCUCCUUCAGCAGCACUCCAGGGGGCUCCCAAGGAGGUGGUGCUCCCCUCCAGUGGCCGGGCCACCCUGCUGGAGUCCAUCCGCCAAGCUGGGGGCAUCGGCAAGGCCAAGCUGCGCAGCGUCAAAGAGCGCAAGCUGGAGAAGAAGAAGCAGAAGGAGCAGGAGCAAGUGAGAGCCACGAGCCAGGGCGGGGACCUGAUGUCGGAUCUCUUUAACAAGCUGGUCAUGAGGCGCAAAGCCCUUCCCUCCCAGGCAUCUCUGGGAAAGGACCAGGGACAGCAGCCAGCGAGGGCCCGGGAGGAGCCUUCGCCCGCAUGUCAGACUCCAUCCCGCCUCUGCCGCCCCCACAGCAGGCCCCGGGAGAGGAGGACGAGGACGACUGGGAGUCCUAGGGGCCCGGCGCCCGAGCCCUCCCACACCCCUGAGCCCUGGCUCUGGCUGUGCAGCAGGAACCAGCAGGGAGCUGGGGCUUCCCGGUGCCGUGCCUGGGCCUUGCCUGAGUGGUGCCGCCCCACCACAGCGCCGCUGUCCUCACUAAAGAGGUUGGAGAGGAAAUCACUGAUGCACCAGGAAUCAAUAAAGAGGUGACAUGAGAACCGAGA